CUGGGACGGGAACGAAUAGCAGUCUACCCUGAAUAAAGACAAUGUUGCAGCUGAGUUAUGUUCUGGUUUAUUGCGUAUUGCUGGCACCAUAUAAUGCGUACGCUCAAUCAGAAUCAGAGUUGUUGAAACUUGGACCAUGUCCAAAACUGCCACAUCCAUUACCAAAACCCAGCUUCAAGGAAAAAAUAUCUUUUGUAGGAGUGUUCACAGACAUUAAAUCGAUCCCCCCGGGGAGUGGCGUCAAUACAACGGUGUGUGAGCGCAAAGAUUUUCAAAAUUCUAAGGACUUAACAUUAAUUGGGACAGAUAAUAAGACCUAUUACUUGUUAUAUAGUUGUAUCGAAAUUAAUUUUCUGCUCGGAAGGACUCAUUUCGAAGCCGCAACUGCUUUUGUAGUACCUAAGGGGCCCGAUCCAGGUACUGACAAAAGGUUCAGAGAAGCCUUAGAUAAAAAUAGGCUAAGCCUAAAAUAUUGGGUAAACCUUUGUAAUGUCUAAUACUUAUAUAUAAAUACAUUACCAAAGAAAAUGAAAAUGUGAAAGGAA